CGAAUCACGGCAAACAUAGAGUUUAGUGACAGCCCGUUUGAAUAAAAUCAUGGCUACCCAAAAUAUGUUUUCUCAAUCUUUGCUUCUAUGCUUGCUAUUCUCAUUUUCUGUUUCCCAGGACACACUUCUUGCAACCCAAAUGAUCAAAGAUGGCAACUUUCUAAUAUCUGAGGAAAAUACUUUCGAGUUAGGAUUUUUCAGCCCCGGUAGUUCUAGCUAUAGGUAUCUAGGAAUUUGGUUCCAUAAACUACGAGAACAAACUGUGGUGUGGGUAGCAAAUAGGAAUAAUCCAAUCCAUGGCUUCUCAGGCGUUCUCUCAAUUAACCAACAUGGAAAUCUCGUUCUCUAUGGCGAUCAUGAACAGAAAGUUCGAGUAUGGUCUACCAAUGUUUCAGUAAAAGCAACUGAGACUUGUACGGCUCAGCUGUUGGAUUCAGGGAAUUUGGUUUUGAUCCAGGGUAGAAGCAAAAGAAUUGUGUGGCAAAGUUUUGAUUAUCCGACUGAUACCAUAAUAAGAGGAAUGAAAUUCGGGCUGAAUUGGAAAAAUGGUUUGGACUGGUCCCUAACCUCAUGGAGAUCAGCAGAUGACCCAGGAACAGGGAACUAUUCGGCUAAGCUCGACCCAAGCGGCUCACCACAGUACUUUCUGUACAACGGUGCGAAGCGUCAUUGGCGAAGUGUCUCAUGGCCAUGGCCAUGGAGAGCAUUACCGAAUGUGCGCAACUACAGUUUUGUUAACAAUCAAGACGAGGUAUACUUUACCUUCUUUCGAGAUGAAACUUCAAGUAUAGUAAGAAUCAAGAUGGAUUACUCAGGAUUGAUCAAGUGGAGCACAUGGCAUGAAAGUGAAGGCCAAUGGAAGGAGUUCUGGUCGGCACCCAAAUACCAGUGUGAUUUUUAUGGAAACUGUGGUGCUUAUAGUAACUGUUAUCCUAGCAAUGGUCUUACUUUUGAAUGCUCCUGUUUACCUGGGUAUGAACCCAAGUCCCCAAAGGACUGGCAUCUAAGAGACGGAUUAAGUGGGUGUGUAAGGAAGCGACUUGAAUCUUCGUCGGUGUGUGGUCAUGGAGAAGGGUUUGUCAAAGUGGAACAUGUUAAGGUUCCUGACACUUCUGCAGCAGUUUGGGUGGACAUGAGUAUGAGUCAGUCGGAUUGUGAACAGGAAUGCAAGAGAAAUUGCUCGUGUGCUGCAUAUGCAAGCAUACCCAUUGCUGGGAAAGGGAUGGGUUGCUUGGCAUGGUAUGGAGUAUUAAUAGAUACGGUAAAUUUUGGGGAUGAAAGCAAGUAUGAUCUGUAUAUUCGUGUUGAUGCUCUUGAAUUAGCUGAGAUUGCAAGGAAAUCAAAAGGGUUUUUUGAAACAAAGGGGAUGAUAGCCAUUUUGGUACUUUCUUCUGUUUCAGCAUGGUUUGUCAUAAUCAUAUUUGCGUAUUUGUGGUUCAGUAAGGGGAGUAAGAAAAGGACAACGAGAGACAAAAAGAACAAAAGAUCAGUUCAUCCUAUGGAUGGUUUAAGCUUCCAUGAAGAUGGAUGGACGGAAAAUGGGCUUGGUGGAAUUGAAAUCAAUCCACACUUGGAAUUUUUUGGUAUCAGCGCUAUGCUUGGUGCCACUAACAAUUUCUCUCCAGCUAACAUACUUGGACAGGGUGGUUUUGGCCCAGUUUAUAAGGGUCUGCUACUUAAUGGGCAAGAGAUUGCUGUAAAAAGACUAUCCAAAAAUUCAAGACAAGGAGUAGAAGAAUUUAAGAAUGAAGUUAUGUUGAUUGCCAAGCUUCAACACAGGAAUCUUGUUAAACUUCUUGGAUGCUGCAUUGAGAGAGAAGAACAGAUGUUAGUUUAUGAAUACUUGCCAAACAAAAGCUUGGACUCGUUUCUUUUUGAUGAAGCAAGAAGAUUAUUUUUGGAUUGGGGAAAACGCUUCAAUAUUAUCAUUGGCAUUGCUCGCGGGAUCUUAUAUCUUCAUCAAGACUCAAGUUUAAGAAUUAUUCAUAGGGAUUUAAAAUGCAGCAACAUUCUACUAGAUAGUGAAAUGAAUCCAAAAAUUUCUGACUUUGGUAUGGCCAGAUUAUUCAUAAAUGACCAAAUUCAGAACAAGACAAAUCGAGUUGUUGGAACAUACGGCUAUAUGUCACCAGAAUAUGCAGUAUUUGGAAAAUUUUCAAUAAAAUCUGAUGUGUUUAGCUUUGGGGUGAUAUUGUUGGAGAUUAUAAGUGGCAAGAAGAGCACUGGUUUUAACAUGGAGGAUGCUUCCCUAAGCUUGAUAGGACAUGUCUGGGAACUAUGGAGUGAAGGCAGGGCACUGGAACUCAUAGAUUCAUCAUUAGAGGAGUCUUAUAUUCCUCAUGAAGUUUCGAGAUGCAUUCAAAUCGGACUCUUAUGUGUGCAAGAAGAUGCUAUGGACAGACCAACCAUGUUAGUAGUUGUUCUCAUGUUGAAUAGUGAAAUGGCUCUUCCUUCACCAAAACAACCUGCAUUUAUAUUUAGAAAAUCCAGCAACAAUUCUAACUCAACUCUAGGGGAAGAAGGACCAUGUUCUGUAAAUGAGGUGACAAUGACUGGAGUUGUAACUCGCUAAACUGUAGCUGCAACCAAUAACUGCCAAGUGUGUCCACUGUGCAAAACCCAACAUCAAACCAUGGAUGCGAGAAGACUCUUCCUGCAUUCUUUUUUCAUGGUCCAUCUAUUCAUGUUAUGUUCUUCAGUCGACACUAUUGCCAGAAACCAAACCAUCAAAGAAGGCCAACUUCUAAUCUCUGAAGAAAACCAUUUUGCUUUAGGAUUUUUUAGCCCUGGCAAUUCCAGAUAUAGAUAUCUUGGAAUAUGGUUCCAUACGAUAUCAGAACAAACAGUGGUGUGGGUAGCAAACAGGGACAAUCCAAUCACUGGUUCCUCGGGAGUUCUCUCAGUUAACCAUAAUGGAAAUCUCGUUCUCUAUGGUGAUCAUGACCAAAUCUUUCCAGUAUGGUCUGCAAAUGUCUCUGUGGUUGCAGCAGAUGCUUGUGAAGCUCAGCUCUUGGACACAGGGAAUUUAGUUUUAGUCCAGGGAAGAAAUAAAAAAAUUCUGUGGCAAAGCUUUGAUUAUCCCACAAAUACCCUGCUACAAGGAAUGAAAAUUGGUGUGAACUUGAAAACGGGUAUGGAAACGUUCCUAACUUCUUGGAGAUCAGCGCAUGAUCCAGGAAUUGGAAACUAUUCAUUUAGGCUCAAUCCAAGUGGAUCACCAGAGUUUUAUCUAUACAAGGGUACCAACCCCUAUUGGCGAAGUAUACCAUGGCCUUGGAGAACAAAUGCAGAAGUCUACAAGAACAGUUUUGUUAACAAUCUUGAAGAUAUAUACUAUACCUACUCUGCUGACUACUCUUCUGUCAUCAUAAGAGUCGUAGUAGAGGAAUCAGGAUUGCUCAAGCGGCUAACUUGGCAUGAAAGUGACAGCCAAUGGAAGGAAUACUGGUCAGCACCUAAGCACAAGUGUGACUCUUUAGGGCAGUGUGGUCCUAACAGUUUGUGCGAUCCUUAUAAUUUUACUAACUAUGAAUGUGCUUGUUUACCUGGGUAUGAACCCAAGUUCCCAAAGGACUGGCAUCUAAGAGAUGGGUCAGGUGGGUGCAUCAGGAAGCGACUGGAAUCUUCCUCGGUUUGUGGACAUGAAGAAGGUUUUGUGAAACUGUCAAUGGUUAAGAUUCCUGUUUCUUCAGCAGCUGUCUGGGUGGAUAUGAGUAUGAGUCAGAUGGACUGCCAAAAAGAGUGCAAGAAUAAUUGUUCCUGCACUGCAUAUGCAAGUAUACCAAUUGCUGGGAAAGGAACCGGUUGCUUAUCAUGGUAUGGGGAAAUAAUGGAUACAAUAGAUCAUACAUAUUAUGGAUACGAUCUCUAUGUUCGUGUUGAUGCUGUUGAAUUAGCUAAGCAAGCAAGGAAAUCAUACCGUUCUCUUAAAAUGGAGGGGACGCUGCCCAUUCUGGUACUGUGUGUUGCCUCUGUAUGGUUUGUCGUUACCAUAUUUACCUGUUUAUGGUUGAGGAGAAAAGUAAAGAAAAGAAGGAAUAGAAGAUCAGUUGAUCAAAUCAGUGGUUACAAAGAUACUUUUACUGCAAAUGAGCUAGGGGACAGCAAUAAGCAUCCAGAUUUGGCCUUUUUAAGUCUCAACACCAUAUUAGUUGCCACUAACAAUUUAUCUUCAGCUAACAAAAUAGGGCAAGGUGGUUUUGGAUCUGUUUAUAAGGGUCGGCUGGCUAAUGGACAGGACAUUGCUGUAAAAAGACUAUCCAAAAAUUCAGGGCAAGGAAAAGAAGAAUUCAAAAAUGAAGUUAUGUUAAUUGCUCAGCUUCAACACCGGAAUCUUGUGAAACUACUAGGAUGUUGUAUUCAGGGAGAAGAACGAAUUUUAAUUUAUGAAUACUUGCCAAAUGGAAGCCUGGACUUAUUUAUUUUUGAUGAGACAAGAAAGUCAUGUUUGAGUUGGAAUAAACGCUUCAGUAUUAUUCUUGGGAUUGCCCGUGGAAUUUUAUAUCUUCAUGAGGAUUCGAGGUUGAGAGUUAUCCACAGAGAUUUAAAAAGUAGCAACAUCCUCUUAGAUGCAGAGAUGAAUCCCAAAAUUUCGGAUUUUGGAUUGGCAAAAGUACUCAAAGAUGAUCAAAUUCAAAAUAAGACGAGCAGAGUCGUUGGAACUUAUGGCUAUAUGUCCCCCGAGUAUGCAGUAUUUGGAAGAUUUUCUAUUAAGUCAGACGUCUUCAGUUUUGGAGUUGUAUUACUGGAGAUUGUAAGUGGCAAGAAAAAUAAUGGUUUUAUUCAUGACCUUUCUCUGAGCUUGAUAGGACAUGUGUGGGAGCUAUGGAGAGAAGAUAGAGCACUGGAGAUAAUUGAUUCAUCGUUGAAAGAUUCAUACAAUCCUGAUGAAGCCCUGAGAUGCAUUCAAGUUGGACUCUUAUGUGUUCAAGAAGCUGCUUUUGAUAGACCAACUAUGUUACAAGUUGUUCUAAUGCUGAGUAGUGAAACAACUCUUCCUUCUCCAAAACAGCCUGCCUUCAUUUUCAGAAAAUCUUGCAGCAGUUCUAACUCAUCACUAGUGGGGGAAGAUGGGUCUGCAUGCUCUAUUAAUGAUGUGACGAUUACAGCAGUUACCACUCGCUAAUUUCAGAUCAAUUCAUUAUAUAAAAGAUUUAUUGUUAGUCAA